UUUUGACUUCUGACAGUUUUGACAGGGCAUAAAAAAUUUUGAAGUGUCAUCCUGUUUUCUUUAUUUUUCAAUAAUUAUUAUAUUGCUAAAUAAACGGGCUUUAAAAUGCCUAGUUCAGACGUAACGACAACUAAAGUUAUAGUCCAUCCAUUGGUCUUACUUAGCGUAGUGGAUCAUUUCAAUCGUAUGGGAAAAAUCGGUAACCAAAAACGCGUCGUCGGUGUCUUACUCGGUUGUUGGAGGGCUAAAGGAGUCUUGGAUGUUUCGAAUAGUUUCGCAGUUCCUUUUGAUGAGGAUGACAAAGAUCAAUCUGUGUGGUUUUUGGACCAUGAUUACUUAGAAAAUAUGUACGGCAUGUUUAAAAAAGUCAAUGCUAGAGAACGUGUAGUGGGCUGGUACCACACCGGACCCAAAUUACACCAAAACGACAUUGCUAUUAAUGAACUAGUAAGAAGAUACUGUCCAAAUUCAGUAUUGGUAAUUAUUGAUGCCAAACCAAAAGACUUAGGCCUUCCCACAGAAGCGUAUCAAGCCGUUGAGGAAGUACAUGAUGAUGGUUCACCAACAUCCAAAACUUUUGAACACGUACCAAGCGAAAUUGGAGCAGAAGAGGCUGAAGAAGUGGGUGUAGAACAUUUAUUACGUGAUAUCAAAGAUACUACUGUUGGCACACUUUCUCAAAGAAUUACAAAUCAAUUGUUGGGUCUGAAGGGACUGCAUUCACAGUUGAAAGACAUUAGAGACUAUUUGUUAAAUGUUUGUGACAAUACGCUACCUAUUAAUCAUCAAAUUAUCUAUCAGUUACAAGAUAUUUUCAAUUUGUUGCCUGAUAUAAACCAAGAUGCUUUUAACAAUUCAUUUUAUGUUAAAAACAAUGAUCAGAUGCUUGUAGUCUACUUAGCAGCUCUGGUUAGAUCCAUAGUGGCAUUGCAUAAUUUAAUCAAUAACAAACUGACAAACAAAGAUGCUGAGGAGGGUAAGAAAGAAGAGAAGAAGGAUAGUAAGGAUAAAGAUAAGGACAGUAAGGAUAAGGAUAGUAAAGAUAAGGAAAAGGGAGAAAAGGAUAAGGAUGCAAAGAAGGAUGAGAAGAAAAAGUAGACUAGUAUUUAGCUUUUCUUUGUAAUUAUAAUU